CGCCCCCGCCGGCCGCUGCCCGGAGUAGCCGCGCGCCUGCGGACCGGCGCCCGCGGAGCCCGCGCGGAGCCCCACAAUGGCUUAUUCUGAGGAGCAAGGAGUUGUCCGUUGCGGUUUCAUCCGCCAGAAUUCCAGCAACUCCAUUUCUUUGGACUUUGAGCCCAACACAGAGUACCGGUUUGUGGAGCAGUUAGAAGAGCGCUACAAAUGUGCGUUCUGCCACUCCGUGCUUCACAACCCCCACCAGACAGGCUGUGGGCACCGCUUCUGCCAGCAUUGCAUCCUGUCCCUGAGAGAAUUAAAUGCAGUCCCACUCUGUCCUGUAGAUAAGGAGGUUAUCAAAUCUCAGGAGGUGUUUAAAGACAAUUGCUGCAAAAGGGAAGUCCUCAAUUUAUAUGUAUAUUGCAAAAAUGCUCCUGGAUGUAAUGCCAAGAUUAUUCUGGGACGAUACCAGGACCACCUUCAGCAGUGCUUAUUUCAAGCUGUGCAGUGUUCUAAUGAGCACUGUCAGGAACCAGUCCUUCGGAAAAAUCUGAAAGAGCAUUUGAGUGCAUACUGCCAGUUUCGAGAAGAAAAAUGCCUUUAUUGCAAAAAGGAUGUGGUAGUAAUCAAUCUACAGAAUCAUGAGGAAAACUUGUGUCCUGAGUACCCGGUAUCUUGUCCCAAUAAGUGUUUGCAGAUUAUUCCAAGAACUGAGGUGGAUGAACACCUUGCUGUGUGUCCUGAAGCUGAACAAGACUGUCCUUUCAAGCACUAUGGCUGUCCUGUCAAGGAUAAACGGGGGAACCUGCGGGAGCAUGAGCAUUCAGCCUUACGGGACCACAUGCUUCUGGUUUUAGAAAAGAACUUCCAAUUAGAAAAACAGAUUUCUGACUUAUAUAGGAGCCUAGAACGGAAAGAAAGUAAAAUCCAGCAGCUAACAGAAACUGUAAAUAAAUUCGAAAAGGAGUUCAAGCAGUUUGCACAGCUGUUUGGCAAAAAUGGAAGCUUCCUCUCAAACAUCCAGGUUCUUGCCAGUCACAUUGACAAGUCCACUUGGCUAGAAGCUCAAGUGCGUCAGUUAUUACAAAUGGCUAACCAGCAACAAAAUAAAUUUGAUCUGAGGCCUUUGGUGGAAGCGAUUGAUACAGUGAAACAGAAAAUUACCCUGCUAGAAACCAAUGAUCAAAGAUUAGUUGUUUUGGAAGGAGAGACUAACAAACAUGAUGCCCACAUUAAUAUUCAUAAAGCACAGCUGAACAAAAAUGAAGAACGAUUUAAACUGCUAGAAGGUGCCUGCUAUAAUGGAAAGCUCAUCUGGAAGGUGACAGACUACAAGAUGAAGAAGAGGGAGGCUCUGGACGGGCACACGGUAUCCGUCUUCAGCCAGCCCUUCUACACCAGCCGGUGUGGCUACCGGCUCUGUGCUAGAGCAUACCUGAAUGGGGAUGGAUCCGGGAAGGGGACGCACCUGUCGCUGUACUUUGUGGUGAUGCGAGGGGAGUUUGACUCACUGUUGCAGUGGCCAUUCAGGCAGAGGGUGACCCUGAUGCUUUUGGACCAGAGUGGCAAAAAGAACCACAUUGUGGAGACCUUCAAGGCUGACCCCAAUAGCAGCAGCUUUAAACGACCCGAUGGGGAGAUGAACAUUGCCUCUGGCUGUCCCCGCUUCGUGGCUCAUUCCACUUUGGAGAAUGCCAAGAACACCUACAUUAAAGAUGACACCCUGUUCUUGAAAGUGGCUGUGGAUUUAACUGACCUGGAAGAUCUCUAGUCACUGUUUCUAGGGUGAUAAAAGGACUUCUUGGGUGCAGAAACACGGAGGGGGACACGUUCGAUUCUCAUAUUGACUGAAUUUAGCCUCGGCACACAUUUGUAUUUGGCUUUUUGCCCUUAAUGUUUGAAGUCAGCUUAAAACUUCUCAAGUGCUCUCUUCUUUUUACAUCUUACCCUGUUCCAGUUUGAAACUUAAAACAUUUAUGAUAUC